CGGAGUGGGCCAUGCGCCGCCGCCUCUGGCUUGGCCUGGCCUGGCUGCUGCUGGCGCGUGCGCCCAGUGCUGCGGGGACUCCGAGCGCCCCAAGGAGGCCGCGCAGCUACCCGCACCUGGAAGGCGACGUGCGCUGGAGGCGCCUAUUCUCCUCCACCCAAUUCUUCUUGCGCGUGGACCCCGGCGGCCGGGUGCUGGGCACCCGCUGGCGCCACGGCCAGGACAGUGUUGUGGAGAUCCGCUCUGUCCACGUGGGCACCGUGGCCAUCAAGGCUGUGCAUUCAGGCUUCUACGUGGCUAUGAGCCGUCAGGGCCACCUCUAUGGGUCGCGGGUCUGCCGUGUAGACUGCAGGUUCCUGGAGCGCAUCGAGGAGAACGGCUACAACACCUACGCCUCACUCCGCUGGCGCCACAGGGGCCGGCCCAUGUUCCUGGCACUGGACGGACGGGGGGCUCCCCGGCAAGGCAUGCGCACACGGCGGCAUCACCUGUCCACCCACUUCCUGCCCGUCCUGGUCUCCUGAAGCCCUUUGAGGUCUCAAGAGCCUGCUGACAGACCUGGAGGCUGGGGCAGGGAGGAGGGCCCCAAGGACACCUGAGACAGGUGGCAGGGGCCAGGCUGCAGGGCAUUGGGCUCACUCAUCCUGAGCUCUAACUGGGUGCCUACUGGGGGGCCUCACUGGGUCCCCCAGGCUGGGGGAGGCAGAUGGCAAGCUGUGUCCACGGCCCAGCACGAGGAGGAGCACGUCCAGGAUGAAGGCACACCCAGGCCGGGCUGAGGAGGAGUGCCCUGGAUGGGAGCUGGCAAGGGCAAAGGCUGAGGGGUGCACGGGGCGGCUUGUGGGCAGCAAGGAGGGGCAGGCCUGCAGGGCCCAGCACAGUGUGCGUGGGACAUUUGCACCGCCACCAGGCAGCCAUGCGUGCGGCCAGAACAGCAGCCCAGACGUCCAGGCCUCACCCCCAGGGCCUGUGGACAUGGCACUUCCCAGGGCAAGGGGCUCUGGUGGGGAUCAGGGGAAGAGACCCCUGAGUGGGGCCACCCAGGGGUCCUCCUGAGAAGAGGCAGGAGGGCCAAAGUCAGAGGCCCUGGAAGAUGCUGCGCGGCUGGCUCUGGGCUGGAGGAGGGGGAUGGGGACUGUCCCUGGGCCUCAGGAGGAUCUAGUUCUGCCACGCCUGGGUUUAGCCGGGGCAGCCCACAUUGGCUGCCACCCAGAACUGUUUGAUAAUAAACGUCUCAGCCUAUCAGAUGCUGUCGUGUGUCACAGCAGCAGGACACACACACACACACACAGAUGCCAUCAUCCCAGCCUCCUGCCUCUUGGGAUGGGUAGGGGCUGCCAAGGGGCUUUGGAUCUUCGUCCUCCGCAGAUGGACCCUUGGGACAGCACACCCAGCAGCCAGUCCUCACUGUAUUCCUCCUGGCUGGGCAUGGGACCGGAACUGCCCACACAGGUGGCAGCUUCGGCCACCCAAGGCGACAGCAUUCAGAAGCUAAGCCUUGGGUCCCCACAGGCUGCGCAACUCAAAGCUCCCAUUUCUGUCAGGAGCGAGCCCAGCUGUGGAGCUGCCCCCCACCAGGGCAGAG